CGUGACGUCAUGACUGGGACAGAAAAUGUCGACGGAUACAUAUUUGCGCUGAGAACGGAAGAGAGAAGACGCAAUGAAGUUCUUCGCUGAUUAUUUGUUAGUUUUUAGUAUCAUCUGUACAAUCUUGUGUCCGCAGUGGGCUUCCUGCGAGAGCCGGCCGACAUGUCAGAACGUGUCCUGUGACCCAGAAGAGGCCUGUGUUCUGAGACAGGUGACCUGCUUUAGGGCUCCGUGCUACCCGAUACCCGAGUGCGUGCCCAAAACACAGGUUCCAGUCUGCAGCAAAAAAUGCCAGCCUCAAUACCGCUGUGAAAUUCUGGAGAUAAUUUCUAAGGGCGAAUACACGUACACUCCUGAAUGCAUUCCAACAGGAGACACGUCUGAGGAACGAGACACUUCUUAGAGAAGAAUUCCAGCAAAUCUUGGCAGGACAAGAGCUGUGUCGUGUUCCUGAACAUGACGGAAGUUGGUUUAAACCCAGAUAUGUUGAUUGUAACAAGUUAUAAAAUAGAUUUGAAGUUAUCCUAACGUA